AGAUUAAAGCAGAUUACCUUACAUAAAUAUCUUUCAGAUUGUGAUUUCUCUCCCCCUUAACGUCCAUCUUUUGUAGAUGAAUGCUCCUCUGUCAGGAGGAGAAGGGGAGGAUAGCAUCAUGCUACAGUAUGCUCCUCUAUCAGAGGAGGUGAAGGAACAUGUUAUCAGGUUGUGGUUAAUCAGGAAAGAGUAUAAAUAGUGAGGAAUCAUGAAGGUCAUUGCACACCUGCAGAGAAAGCCACUGAGGUAAGACACACACAAACACACAAUCAAACUUAAACCAUACGUACUUUAGUUUGUACAGUUCAUGUAAUUUAUAGCAUUACAAUUCGAACGGAGCCUCAAAUCAACCACCCUCCGACUCAGUAAUAGUUCUUUCCACAGGCAUUCCGGUUGCUGAACAGCUGUCACAAACAAAUGGAGCGUGACAUGGCGAUGUUUGGAAAGGUUUUGGAGCCGGUGGGCUACAUGCAGACGAUGAGGGGGCUGGUCCAGGGGAUCAGCUCUUACCUGGGGGGUGGGGCAACACAGGAGGAGGCAGCGCUAUCCAGGAAGAACCUGGACUACAUCGACCAGGAGCUGGGCGCUGGGAAACAAGGGCUCCUCCUUGACAAGGAGGUCCACGAACUGGAGGGGGACCUGGCAGUGGUGUACUACCAGCUCGGGACUGCGGUGCGCGCCGAGCCAGAGUUCACCCAGCGGGAGAAGGAGGUAUUCCUCCAGUACAUGACGGACUACAGGCUGGAGCGGCAGCUGACGGCUCUGCACGCCCGUCUGAUGGGGGUUACGGUGCUGACCCAGCAGCCCCCCCUGCUGGAGGAAAUGGUCCAGAACCAGAGGCCCAAACGAUGGGAGUUGAGGGAGUUCUGUGUUAAGAUCAACUUUGUGCUGGGCACCGGUCUGCUGUGUCUGCUGACCCAGGCGUCGCUGACGGGCCGCGACCAGGCGCUGCUCAUCCGGACCUGGUCCGAGCGCAUGGGCGCCCUCUAUCGCCGCAUGAAGACCACAGGCGGACGCUGCUCCGGCUACUUCCUGGAGCAGGCGGAGGAGGACGUGAGGUCACAGCUCAACACCGCCCAGGAGAACCGCGCCGCCCCCGACGCCGCCGCCGCCACCAUCCUCGACGCCCUGGAGAAGAACUACGACUGGCUCCGCUGGGCGGUGAUGCUGCACCCCGCCCUCCCGAAGGGGGAGGAGCCGCUGGGCGACGAGGACGGCGUGCCGGCCGAGCGGCAGCCCAAGCACUUCCUGUCGGUGGCGUCGGAGCCGCCGUGCCCCCAGGUGGUGGCGUGCUUCAAGGACCAGCCCACCUCGCUGGAUAAGAGCCGCAUCCACCAGCUGAUCGUGGACCUGGAGUGGAAGAUCCCCAACCCGCCCCCGGACGUGUACGCCGCCAUAGAGAAGGACCCGGGCCUCGCCCAGCGCUACCUGGCCACCCGCAUGCUCAGCAAGCUGCAGGAGGGGCUGGGGCCGGGCGUGGCCGUGCACGUGGUGCCCGGGCGCAUGGAGAUGAAGUGCAACUUCCCGACCGCAUCGUAUUACCUGUACGAGUACAAACACCGUCUGGCUACCGGCACCGUGUGCGUGUUCGGAUAGAGAGGGAGGGGGGAGAGGGACAGAGAGGGACAGAGAGGGACAGAGAGAGACAGAGAGGGACAGAGAGGGACAGAGAGGGACAGAGAGGGACAGAGAGGGACAGAGAGAGACAGAGAGGGACAGAGAGAGACAGAGAGGGACGGAGA